AGAUGCUUGCAGCUAAAACCAGCAGAUCCGAGACUUCUAAGCUCCAGAGAAACCGAUAUUAACAGCACCGUGACUCCAGCAAUGGCACCUACAAUCGCUGCAGCUAUGGGAUACUCACAGGGACACGUGACAAUGACCAACAAAUUGAGAAAACCGGUGGUUGAAAAGAUGCGCAGAGAUCGUAUCAACAGCAGUAUCGAGCAGCUCAAGACGUUACUGGGAAAAGAAUUCGUGAAGCAGCAGCCCGAUUCCAAACUGGAGAAAGCGGACAUCCUGGAAAUGACCGUCUGCUACCUGAGACAGAGCGCCUCCCCCCGGCCAGCGACGGGAAACGAAGGCUACUCCAGGUGUGUGCAAGAAAUCGUGCACUUCCUUUCCCGGGAUGAAAUGAAGACAGAAACCCAGAGGAAACUACUGAACCAUUUCCAAGCUGCGCAGAAUUCUCCAGUGCAUCAGAGCCACGUCAAAGAGGCGACCCCGGUGAAGAGUGCCCUCUGGCGGCCCUGGUAGAUCACAACGGACACUGUCACUUUGAACAUACAGAAUUCAACAUGUCUGUCUAUGAUGGACAUAUCCAGUAAUUCUCAUUGUGUAGGGGGUGUUUUCCUUCCUGUUUUGCUUGUGCAGAAGAUUUGAAUGCUACUUUCAUUGAUUGAAAGGAAACACAAUAGUUACCCAGUGUUGGGGCAAUAUUGUGUGCGAUAGGAUUUGUUCAUUCUUGUUAUACAAGCAGUGUGUAUGCAGCGAUGACGCUAUUGAGUUAAAAGUAAUUUCUGUUUAUGGAAAUAUUAUGAUGAUUAAAACAUGGGUUUCAUGUCCUCUGUGAAGGCAGUAUAUCCUGAAUAGUAUCUUGUCUCGUAAGAAUUGUGUGUGCAUAGCUAAUGCUAAUGAUUUUUGAUUUAUUUAAAUGUCAUUAUUGUUUGCAGAGCCAUUUUUUAAAUAGUAUAUCAAUACUAUAUCCUCUUAUUGUAUCUUGUUGGACAAGAAGCGUGUGUGCUUUGAUGAAAAGCAUUUCAAAGAGUGACUGUCUCAAAAUGCAUUUGUAAAAAAAACACUGAAGGAAGUGUUUUAUAUACUGUAUAAUGUGUAUGUUAUAUACUGUAUAAUGUGUAUCUGUGCCUUUGAUAAAGGCAGUAUCUCAAAGAGUAGCUCAUGUUGAGUGAAUCUUAUAUGAAAUAUGUUGUCUUGAAGUUUUCUUCAAGGUGUGGUAGUGAUUUUGUAAAUCAGAGUGCAGAGUAUCUGUAGAAAUGGACUGUUCGAGUAGCCUGCAUGAAGGCAUUAUUGAUGCAGUGUAUUGUGUAUCCUCAGAACUGUCUGAUGAAUCCAGCAUUGAAAUCUGUGAAUGACACGUGUCUCAUGUGUGACUC